AUGGGAAAAGCGCAAAUAUGGGAAAAGCGCAAAUAUGAGAAAUGCGCAAAUAUGGGAAAAGUGCAAAUAUGGGAAAAGCGCAAAUAUGGGAAAAGCGCAAAUACGGGAAAAGCGCAAAUACGGGAAAAGCGCAAAUACGGGAAAAGCGCAAAUACGGGAAAAGCGCAAAUACGGGAAAAGCGCAAAUACGGGAAAAGCGCAAAUACGGGAAAAGCGCAAAUACGGGAAAGACGCAAAUACGGGAAAAGCGCAAAUACGGGAAAAGUGCAAAUACGGGAAAAGCGCAAAUACGGGAAAAGCGCAAAUACGGGAAAAGCGCAAAUAUGGGAAAAGCGCAAAUAUGGGAAAAAACGCAAAUAUGGGGAAAAACGCAAAUAUGGGGAUAAACGCAAAUAUGGGGAAAAACGCAAAUAUGGGGAAAAACGCAAAUAUGGGGAAAAACGCAAAUAUGGGGAAAAACCUGAAUAUGGGGAAAAACGCAAAUAUGGGAAAAACGCAAAUAUGGGAAAAACGCAAAUAUGGGAAAAACGCAAAUGUGGGAAAAACGCAAAUAUGGGAAAAACGCAAAUAUGGGAAAAACGCAAAUAUGAGAAAAACGCAAAUAUGAGAAAAACGCAAAUAUGA